AUGUUUUCUCCUUGCACUAGGCAAUUAUUUUUUUCAACACAGCUACGUCGAUUACAAAGUACUUUGAUUGUAGCAGAACAUAAUAAUGGAGUUUUAGCUCCUGUAACACAAAAUGCCUUGAGUGCUGCAAAAAAAAUUGGCGGAGAAGUAUCAGUACUCGUAGCUGGUACAAAGUGUGGGCCAGUGGCAGAAGCUAUUUCAAAAGCCAAUGGUGUCUCGAAAAUAUUAGUUGCCGAGAGUGACGCUUUCAAAGGCUUCACUGCUGAAUCUUUGACUCCUCUUAUAUUGGCGACUCAAAAACAAUUCAACUUUACACAUAUUUUGGCACCUGCCACUGCAAUUGGCAAGGCAAUCCUCCCACGAGUUGCAGCCAAACUUGAUGUGUCACCUAUAACUGAUAUAAUUGGUGUUAAAGAUCCAAAUACAUUUAUAAGGACCAUUUAUGCAGGUAAUGCAAUUCAAACAUUAGAGGCGAAGGACCCAAUCAAAGUAAUUACAGUUAGAGGCACUGCGUUUGCUCCUGAGCCUCUCGAGGGAGGAUCUACAACAAUAGAGAAGGCUCCAGAAGGGGACUAUAAGACGGACCUUGUUGAGUGGAUAUCUCAAGAGCUUAGUAAGUCUGAUCGUCCAGAGCUGACCAGUGCUAAGAACAUUGUCUCUGGUGGUCGCGGUCUGAAAUCAGGUGACAACUUCAAGUUGUUGUACGAUCUAGCGGAUAAGCUCAACGCGGCGGUGGGCGCAUCCCGUGCCGCCGUCGAUGCCGGCUUCGUGUCCAACGACCUGCAGAUUGGGCAGACCGGCAAGAUUGUUGCACCCGAUCUAUACAUUGCGGUGGGCAUCAGUGGUGCCAUCCAACAUCUCGCCGGCAUGAAGGACUCCAAGACAAUCGUCGCCAUCAACAAGGACCCGGAGGCGCCUAUUUUCCAGGUGUCAGACUUGGGACUAGUAGCAGAUCUGUUCAAAGUUGUUCCUGAACUAACAUCUAAGUUG